AUGCCCCCCAGCACCCCCUCCACUCCCCGCCACAGCGCACCCGCACCCCGCCCCUCAUCCUCCCUCCUCCUCCUCUCCCCCACCAACCGCCUCCUAUUCCUGCAGCGCCCAACACACCACAGCUUCGCAUCAGCCCACGUCUUCCCCGGCGGCGUCGUGUCCCCCACCGACAGCAGCGCACAGGAGUGUGCGCUCCGCGAAACGUUCGAGGAGACGGGGAUACUUCUGACGGCUUCUGCACCACGCGGGCUGGCUGGGGCUGGGGGGGCGGGGGCGGGGGAGCUGGCGGACGCACAGGCGCGCGUACACGCUGGUACGCUGUCGUUUUCUUCGUGGGUUAGCAGUAUCGGCGGUACGCUGCUACCUUCAGCCGAGCUGCUCCCGGCAACAACGUGGACCACCCCCCCCGGCCAGUGGAAGCGGUACUGCAGCGCUAUGUUUCUCGCGCAGCUGCCUGGGUGGAUUCGCGACGAGGACGCAGUGGGGGAUGGGGGGGUUGAGGGGGUUGGGCGCCCGGUGUGGAUGAGCCCGGAGGAGGCGCUGGUGAAAGCGAGGGGGGGGGAGGUAUUGUUGUACCCGCCGCAACUUUAUUUGCUCACGGAGAUGGCGAGGGUGCUUGGAGAGGGAGGCGGGUGGGAGGGGGUCAGGGACUGGGCGGGGCGGAAGGGCGGGUUAGAGUGUGAGCCGGAAAGGGAGGUAGUGCUGAAGAGUGGUGAGUGGGUUAUGGGACUGGGGCCGCGGGGGGAUAGGGACGUGGUCGUGACGCUGCUGGUGGGCGAGAAGGGGACGGAACCGAGGGCUAUGGAGGUGGUGCCGCGAAAGGAGAUGAUGGAGCGGCUGGAGAGGGAGAGGGUGGAGGGGGAGAGGUUGGAGAAGCUGUAG